AUGUAUGAGCCAUUCUAUCUCGCCUUCGAUGUCUACCCAACUGUCGUCCCGCGAGUGAAGGUGCGAGGCCUCAUGGCUCUGUUUCUGGCCGUCUCGAUCCUAUGGGCCCUGAUCUGGCUCCUAUACCGAGCAUGGCAGGUCUGCCAGACCCCAAAUGACGUUCUGGUGGAGAAGCUGGGCCUCGACAUUCCGCCGCCCCCAGAGGUGACCCUCGAAGAGAUUACAGCGCGUGAGAUUCGUGUGGCUUGGAAACAGCCGGACUUUCACAAUUCUAUACAUAAGCACAUCAUUCAAGUGAACAAUGUCAAGGUUGGCGAGUCGAAGCGGGCGGAAACCGCGGUCGAAAUUCUAAACCUCAUUCCGGGGAGCAUAUAUCAUAUUUGUGUUCUUUCCGUCAGCGCCGCGAAUUUUCAAACCCCCAGUGCUAUCCUUCACGUCCGAACGAAAUCCCUUCCGCUAUCCCAAGCCCAGCAAGAUGCCACCUCUGGUGGUCCAACAAUCAGAGCGUCAAUUCCCAGGUCUACCGCCGGCUUGCCCAUUCCGUCGGCCCCGGUCAUGUCUCGCGAGCACAGUGCGGGUCAAAUGCCGGGAAAGCGACCCUCUACAGGUCGCAAGUCAUCGCCUGCUACAGGAGCUGCUGACUAUUCUCACGGUCAGUUCGAUGAUUCUCGCCGGAAUGGCCACCGGAGCAAUCGCGACGAGAGUUUGGAGCAAUUAGCGGAUCGCCUUAAAGCUUUGCAACAAGAAAACGACAACGUGGAAAAGCAAGCGACGGAAGAAGACGACGAACACAUGGGCGUGCUCAAGGAUCUCGAGAAGCAGCGUGAUGAACUGAAGAAGCGUGUGAAGGAGAAGGACGAAGUCAGUGGAGAUUUGAAAAAGCACGUUUCAAAACUGGAGAGCGUCAACCGAACCGUCCAAAGUGAGAAGACGAAGCGCAUGAGACUUCUUCAGCAGAAGGAAGCAGAACGUGACAAGCGAAAAAAUGACAUUCUACGAUGGCAGGAGAAGAUUUCUCGCAUGAAUUCCGAUGCUGCCCAGGUGAAGGAAGACAAGUUGCGAUUGGAGGAAGAUGGCAAGGAACGUGGAGAUGAGAUCCGCAAGAAGAUUGUGAAGGAGCAAGCCGAUAUGAAAAUCAUUGACGACGAGAUUCAAGAGAAGGGUGGACGAAUCAAGAAGCUCGAGGAUGAGAGGAAAGGGCUUCAAGAUGGUGAGAGUGAGGAUGGGAAGGAGCUGGAUCGGAUUGACAACGAGCGGGCUCGCCAAUGGGAAUUGAAGCUGAAUAGCUUGCAUGCGCGAUAUGCGACUCUGGUCAGCCUUCAUGCACAGGCUCAGCAGCAAUAUCAAGAAGCUCAGGAACGGCUGAAGUGGCUAACUAAUCAGCGGCCCAGCAGCUCGGGUCCAUUCUCCCUGCCAUCAUUAGAGCUGGAUCUGUCGAAUACCGCAACCAUCCGACCGCGUCGUCAUCGCAGCUCGCUGACCAGCAAUGUCUCUUCUCCUGUGAACUUCCCAGGAGUCGAAACAGCUUUCACUGGCGGUCUCAGCUACAAUCCUCCUUCAACGAACUCGCCUACCUUCCCGCCCAGCUCUGCAUUCUUCAAUAUCAAUAAUGGAAUGACCAUUCCUGGUCUUUCUGACCCGCCUGAAAUUAUGCGCUCGGAUGUGGAGGCUUCAUUCAAUAACCCUCAAAUGAGCCCUCGGGCUGAUGCUUUGUUGCCGUCCGACCUUCUUGGUGAUGAGGAAUCACCUGAGUUCCCACGCCCACUGACCCGACCGCGCUUCUCAACCAUGGAAACACCGAGUAAUCCUCUAGAUAGCUUUGGCAUCGGGCCCGCUUCGCCUGCAUCUUCAGGGAGCAGACCGGGUAGUAUCUUUGCCAGUCCGCUUGAAACUCUUAACCGACGGGACUCUGAUUCUCAGCCAGUGGGGUUGUCCACUGAUGGAGACCGGCCCAAGAGCGCGUCUCGGCGGCUUUCUGGGCUCUUUGGAUUUCAUCGGCCUCGAGGAAAGACGCUGGCUGAUGAACCACCUAUGUUGGGGACGUUGAAGCCAGGGCAGAGCCAAUCCUUCCCACGUAAUGUUGAUGAGAUGGACCCCAUCGGUUCGCGACGCCGGAGACUGAGUUACACAGGAAAUUGGGCGAACCCUAUGUCUUUAUUCCCACGGAGCAACACUACUGGAGUCACUGCGGACAGUUCGUCGGAUCACCCGCCAUCUAGACGCGCUGCGUUCUCGAGUAUCUUCUCGUCCAGUAAAUUUGGGUUCGGCGGCACUGGCAGUCGUGGAAACUCCGACUUGAGCGCUGGCUACAAUCAGUUCAGCCCACGGCAUGAUCCCAUUGAUCCCUCGUCGCUCCUUGGAAACGUUCGUCGUGGCUCUCUCUCCCCUCGUCCUUCUUCGACCUUUUCUUUUGACAAUCAAAACCAGCUUCCUCAUCCUUCCACAGACAAUCGCCAUUUCGGGUGGCCGUCCGCCGAACAGACGGGUCACCGCAAUAGCCCUCUCGGUCUGGAUUGGGCCUCACCAUCAACGUGGUCCCGAGCACCAUCUCGUCGACCUUCCCUUUCAUAUGGAUCCUCCGGGCACCUCCCUCUGGGAUUGACGGGGGAACCUGAUUUUGUUGAGGAGUCGUAUGAGCGCCAGCUGCGACCGCUUCAAGCUCCAAUUGGUACUCGGCCGUCGUCAUCCCACCGUCCGAUUACCCCAAAGCUCAACCCGGCUGCACCAACGUUCACGGCGAUCUUCAGCGGCAAGAAGUCAAACCAGGAUAAGGACAAAGAUUCUGCGGCUUCCUUCGAUCUUCAUGUGGAUGACGGAUCCCCCUCGGAGCCACGCACAUCGCGAGAUUCGCGUUCACUCUCCCUUCUCACCGGCGAGUCGUAUGAAUCUUUGGAGCGCAUGCCAUCCGAAGCAUCUGCGGAUAAUGCAUCUAAGGAAUCUUUCAUCCGCAAGAUUACUCGUAAGGGCAGCUCUAGCAAGUUCAGCUCCUGGAAAGACCGGUCUGGGCUGUUCUCCAAGAAGGGCGAGUCGUCUCAAGGUGACAUUGAAGAGGACGCAGCCAGCGAGGCCCAACUGGGAAAGAGUAUCGACAGCACCGUCUCCAGUGCGCCCUCCGCAGAUCGUUCGACGCGGAGUAGCCUAGGAUUCUUCUCGCGCAAGUCUCGCAAGUCUGACAAGGCGAGCGAGACGAGUGAGCGAGCUAGUGAAGUCGGUGAUGAGGAUAUUUCAAUCCCUGAGAUCACCCAUUCGUGA